AUGACAACAGACCGACAUCCCCAGCCUCAGGUGGCAGCCGUCCCUGCUUGUGACCGCUGGCUGCGUCUGCCUGAUGAGGUGUGGCUGUCCGUCCUGUCUCUGCUGCCUCACACUGAUCUGUGCAGAGUGACGCAGGUCUGCAGCCGCCUGCUCACACUGGCUACUGAUCACACACUCUGGAAACAUCUGAGGAUUGAAAACUCAACGCUCACUGAGCAGCGGUUGCUGUUUUGGGGCAAACGUCGUCCUCGCAGCCUGUGUCUGUACAGCUGCAGCGGCCCGUCCGUCACCUCCCAUGGGCUCCAGAUGUUCUUCACUCUGUGUAAGAAUCAUCUGGAGGAUGUCAAGGUCACAAGUUGUACUGGUCGUGGUCUCCAUGGUGACCAGAUACUGCCUCAGAUUGGUCAGCUGUGUGACCAUGUGACUGGUGUGGACAUGAGCUGGAGUGGAGCAACAGAUAUGGGAGUCAAAGCUCUGAGUGACGGCCGGGCGGGGUUGAGACUAAAAUCAGUUGUCCUGAACGGCUGCCAUGUCACUGAUGACCCACUCAAGAAACUUGUCAUGAGACACAAAGAGAGUCUGUGCAGGCUGGAGGUGUUUGGCUGUCAGUUCCUCACUGCGUCCUGUCUACAGACAAUAUAUGAGAUGUGUCCUGGUCUAAAGCAUCUUAACAUCGGACAGGUGCCUAAAGUCAAUGCACACAGUCUCACAGUGAUGGCAUCACAGCUCAAAUGUCUCAUUUCCCUUAAUCUCACUGGUCUACAGGCAGUCACUGAUGUCACGGUGGCCACUUUGCUUCAAAACUAUGUCGAACUUGAGAGUUUGACCCUCAGUUCUUGUCCUGGAGUCACGGACCUGACACUGCACAACAUCAGCAAAUAUACACCAUGCAUUAGAUCCCUGGAUGUGAGUGGCUGUAAGGCAGUGACCGAUGCAGGAGUUCAGUCUCUGACUCUGGGAAGUCGACGGCUUCAGCAGCUGGACCUCAGUUCCACUGGUGCAGGAAACAGAGGGGUUUCUCUGUUGGCAAAUUACUGCAGUAAACACCUCCAAACUGUCAAACUCAGCUUCUGUAACAUCACCUCAGAGAACAUCCUGAAGCUCUGCAGACGCAGCAAGAGGCUGAAGCUGCUACAUCUCUACGGCUGUGCACAUCUCCCCAGUGAGAGAGAGAUCAGAGAAGUCAACGCCAUAGUUCAAGUUUACCCUCUGUCGUGA